GUGCAGAGCAGCACGUGAGCACUGCUGCAGCCGGACACACACUUAAAACACACAGCACAGGACCCAACCUGGAUUUUAAACCAUAAAACCCAGAGUGACCGACACUGGUUCCUGCUCUGACUCAUCCUGUGUGAGUAAAGGUCACCAUGGACAACGGUCCCCAUGGUAACCAGGGGCAAUCGAUGUUUGGCCCGAGUGACCGACUGACCGCUGAGUUCAGGGCCUGCUGCAGAGAUCCAACCGACGCGAUUGAAACCAGAUUGAGAUUCAUGCUGCAAAUGUUUCUGCAACACCACAGGGACACGGCAGGAGACGAGAACAACCAUCUAGCAGCAAAGUCCUGCUGUGCGGCAGCAAUAUGGUAUUACAGGAUCCUGGAGAACAUCCUCAGUCAGGAGAAGGAGAGGCUGGACAUCAAGGACGGCUCGGUCCUCCUGGAGCUGGAUCUGUUUCAGCGCUGCCUGGUGGCCUGUUGUCUGGAGAUUACCUUAUUCUCAAACAGUCUACCAUACGAGUUCCCUCUGCUCCUUCAGGUCCUCACACUGGCUCCUUACCACUUCAUCAAGGUGAUCGAGCUGGUUCUGCGGGCUGAGAGGUGUCUUCCCCGCGAUGUGGUCACACACCUCGCCCAAUCAGAAGAGAGAGUUCUGGAGAGUUUGGCCUGGACCACAGACUCCCCGCUGUGGAAAGCCAUCAGCGCCAAUGAGGGCCAUCUGCCCACCUGCCAACAGGUGAUGCCUCCUGCAAGAAUUGAAGGUCAAAACCAGACAGACUUUCAACCUGACAGAAACCCACCUGGAGACAUGUCAGUGGAGUUCAGUUUCGGAGCUGAAGCUUCUUCCAACACUGACCCAUCAGCUGAAAACAGGCCGCCGAGAAGUAACUCCCUCCACCUGUUCGCUCGCAAGGUGUACAUGUUGAUGGGGAAGCGUCUUGAGAAGCUUUGUUCCACGCUGGGCAUUUCUGAGGAGCUGCGUCUGAAGAUCUGGACGUGUUUUGAGCACUCUCUGGUUCACUUCACUGACCUCACGAAGGACCGACACCUGGACCAGCUGCUCAUGUGUGCCAUCUACAUGAUCGCUAAGAUCACCAAUGUGAAGAUAUCCUUCAAACACAUAAUUCAUUGCUACGAGUCUCAACCACUUGCAAGCAGAAGUGUCUGCAAAAGUGUGCUGAUUUCCGGACAAGACACGGAAACACUUCUCAACGGAAACAACAAUAAUGGAGACCCUGCUCACGCUUUCCCGACCCCCGACUCACCAUCGUCACAUUACCCCCCCGCUCAGGAGGAGAGGGUCAAUCUGAUCCGCUUUUACGACAACAUCUACACCGGGAAGAUGCACGACUGUGCCGACCAGUUUGACCCAGCCUCUGGAAGAGACACCCCCCCUCUGUCUCCUUACCCCUGUCAGGGGAGAGGAGGGAGAGCAUCUCGUCAAAGCCAGCAGGUCUCCAGCAGCCUCCUCAUCUUCAACUCAGAGACCCCUGGAGACCGAGAAGAAGGGGAGGAUGAAGAUGGUCCUCCAGCUCAGAGGCUUCGUGUUGCCGAAUCAUUCUUGCAGAGGCGACUCAGGAGUAUAGCGAAUGAUCGCGAGGCUCAAAGAGACCGGGACCAACCGUCAAUGUCACAGCCUGACCUGCACUAAGUCUCACUCUGAGCUGGUAUAACUGUGGCAGCUAGAGCAACUUCACAGAUAUAGACAAAACAAAUUCCUUUAGGCAAAAAUCUGUCAAUUCAAAGUCUUGUCCGUGCUAAAAUUAAGUCAAAGUCAACUUUAUUGUCAAUCUCAAAAUAUGUUUGUACACACAGAAAUAUCGAAAUACUGUUUCCCACAGUCCCGAGGUAGGCCUAUAAAAAACUCACAUUAAAAUUAAAGAACACUCAAUCAUUUACAAAAACCUCCACAAAAACACAAAAUAACCGUUUACUUCAAGUAAGCAGGAUAUUUAAAAAAGUAUAGUGCAAAUGGGAGUGCAAAAUUGUCCAUAGCAGAGUAAAAGUGACUGGUGCUGGAUUUCUUUUUUUCGUGUGUGUGUGAAAUGAAUGAAAAUGAUGUCCUUUUGCUCUUAUUGCACUAUUUCGGACACUUUCUGCCCUUUAAGAAUGCACUUAAUCCCUCCGUUUAAUGCCUAAAGUAGAAGACUGCUGUCGUCCUGCGCUGCCCCCUGGUGGAGGUUUUUGAAUUUGCUGAAGAGUAUGUCUCCAAAGUGCUCAGGUUACUUUCCUUGGAGUCUGUAUGAACUGUAGUUAAAACUGUGGGACUAACUUAUCUUUCCCAUCAAAUGGGGACGGGAAUAAUCUAAAGGAUUACUCGUGUCUAUGGUAGGGCUACAGGAUUUGAAAACAAAAUGUUGUGCCACCAGUGUUUUUAUAAAAGUGACAGUGUUCAUUUCAAAGGGGGAGACAGAGGGUGACAGAGGGUUUUAGGCUGUAUUCAAACUCAGGUCCUUCACAUAGGUGUGUGUCUGUCUAACCCUAACCCUAGCUCCAGAAUAAAGGCUGCCCGCUCUACCAAGUGAGCUAUACGUUAGCGCAGACUCAUAACAUUGCAAUGUGACAUGCAAUAAAGAGGAAAUUAUCAUUUUUGGAAGCCUUAUCAUUAAGAAAUACAUUUAAUUGAUCAUGGUGUAAUUUUUUUUAUCAUGUCAAUAGAAGUAUGUCGUUUGUAGGACGGGAUAGAUAUUUUCACAUGUUUUGUCUUUUCCAAAUAUUGCACUUUCUGCUUAGUCCAAUUUUGAUAAAAUGUGAAUUAUUGUGCAGCCCUAUGUCCUUACUGAAGACUUGAUUGUAACGGGCUGGAUUUUUCAUUAGAUGAAGAAUUGUACUAUUGUAAGUCACUUUACAUUUAUAUAUAUAUAUAUAUAUAUAUUUUUACAGCUGUCUAACCAUAACUAUCAGACAUUCUUUUCUGCUUAAUCUGUUAUCUUUUCAAGCAUUUUUAAAAGAAGUCGGUCUAAAUAAAAUGUAUUUACCAAUAAAC